CAGUGCUCUGUCACAUUUACCUUUCAUGUUAUUCAGUGUAUUACAGAUUCUGAUAGAGCUGCAGAUCUCAGUUUUCUGACUGACAGAGUGCCUCUUGUGUUGCUCAGGUUGGCCCUCUUGUGGUACCACACAGUAGUGCUGCCCUUCUUUGCUCUGGAUGGCUCCGACACACAUGAGGGGCUGCUGGAAGCCAAAGCAAUUCUGCAGAGGAAGUCUGUGGUUUACCCCAACUCAUCUCUCUUCAUGUUCUUUAAAGGACGAGUUCACAGGCUAGAGUGCCAUAUCAACAGUGCUUUGGCCUGUUUCCAUGAUGCAUUAGAGCUUGCAUCAGACCAAAGAGAGAUCCAGCAUGUGUGUCUCUAUGAGAUUGGUUGGUGUAGCAUGAUAGAGAUGAAUUUUGAAGAUGCAUACAGAGCGUUUGAGAGGCUGAAGAAUGAGUCGCGUUGGUCCCAGUGCUACUAUGCCUACUUGACCGGAGUUUGUCAGGGUGCUUCAGGUGACCUGGAUGGAGCCAGCGGUGUCUUUAAAGAUGUGCAGAAGCUGUUCAAGAGAAAAAACAACCAGAUAGAGCAGUUUGCAGUCAAAAGAGCUGAGAGAUUGAGAAAGAUCUCUCCCACCAGAGAGUUAUGCAUCCUCGGUGUAAUUGAAGUGCUGUAUCUGUGGAAAGCACUUCAAAACUGCUCCUCAUCUAAACUGCAGAUAAUGAAUCAAGUGUUGCAGAGUUUAGAUGAGGCUUCCUGCAGGGGUCUGAAACACCUUCUUCUUGGUGCUGUUCACAAAUGUCAUGGAAAUAUGAGGGAUGCUGUUCAGUCGUUCCAGCUGGCUGCAAGAGAUGAGUAUGGACGACAGAUCAACUCUUAUGUUCAGCCAUAUGCCGUCUAUGAGCUUGGAUGCAUACUCCUUGCCAAACAGGAGACUGUUGGAAAGGGGAGGUCAUUUCUACUUCAAGCUAAGGAGGACUUUACGGACUAUGACUUUGAGAACAGGCUUCAUGUCCGCAUCCAUUCAGCCCUGGCUACUCUGAAGGAAGUUGUGCCUCAAUGACUCCAGCAUGGAUAGCUGCAAUGGCUAAAGCUAUGCUCAUAGCUUUUUACACCAAGUUUUAAACCAAUCAAAAUGACUGUAUCACAACCCAGUGAACAGACUCUUUUUCAUUCUUAAAGUAUUUGGGGAAAUACAUUUGUUUGUAAUCUUACCCAGUCAGAUUGAUAUGAAGUGUGAUCUCUGUGCAUUUUGUACAGAAAUAGCUACUGUAGGUGUGUUCAUGCUAGAUUAGAAAUAAAGAGGAAAAGGCUAGCCAAACUAUGGCUAGCAAGUUAAAAACUAAACAUAAAACUUAAACUAGACAAUUAUACCGGUACAGAAUAUAUUUUAAGCCAGCAAGGUAGUCACCAAUACAUUUUGUGGAUGGAUUGCCUUCCGCUACAUAGACAAGAUGGCUACAAUCAAGGAUGAGAAGUGUCUAGCGUUCCGCACUUAACGUUAGGAGCUCAAAAACAGACACAAAACUCAAAUUUAGACACAGGCCUCAUUUUUGUAUUUUUGUCUUAUAGUGUGUUCAAACACAGAAUGCUCUGUAUAAAAAGACGUCUUCAGGGUUUUUCAAAGGAGAUUUUUUUCUCAGUCUGGCCAAUCUAAUUAGCUACCGGUUUCCCCUUGCUUUAAGACCUAGUGCUAAACAAGGCUGUUUCUGCACAGGACACACAGAGAUUGAAUUGAUAUAGACACUGUGCCCAGCAACAAACAAGAACAUUAACCCACCAUUUUAACUGUUUCUUUAAUUGUUUCCAACCUAAUGUAUUAGCUACAGCUAGUAAAAUGUUUUCUCAUUAGCUUGUGUAUGAAGAGGAAUUCACUAUUGCCUCCCCCUCCCUUCAGUGAGAAAUUCAGAACAUAAAAGUACAUUUUUUAUGAGAUAAUAUUUCCCUAAAUAUCAACUUCACAAUGACUGGUGAAUGGGACUAACUUAAUCACAUAUCAUGAAAAGGAUAAGGGAAAUAAAAGUCAAAUUGAAUAUUUGAUUUUAAAUAUUAUUUUAAAGGACUCCAUACUCCAUGGGUUGAUCAUUUUUCGUCAACAAUUUCCACUUCUUUUCCAAAUUCAAUUAUCAGACAGCUGGUCAUAUUGCAAAAGAAUGUUGGGUCAUUUCAGGGGCCACUUAGUAUAUUAAUUGUGGGAAUAAAAUCACAAACCAUAUAGAAAAAAUUAGGUACUGUGGGAAUACUUCACUAGUCACCUAAAAACAAAUAAUUGAAGUACUUAGAUGUCAUACCUUUAUAGUUAUUGAGGAAUCACCACACUUUUUUUUUUAAUGUGAAAACAGUGGGCAUUGGUCCUGUGCACUAUGCAUGGUAUGGCAGGGUAACAGUGGCUAUAAGACUGUAUUGAAGUCAGAUGUACGCGUAUGUCCAUCCAUGCAAAUACAUGUAUACGGUUUUAUAACACAGUACACUCUGUACUGUAAUGUUACCAUUUAAAGGUGCUGUUAAAUGUCAGCCUAAUUAACAUAUAUUACUAGUGAAUUUAUUUUAAUAGUGUUUUAGUAGUACAAGCUUUUGAAAUGGUCCAUAAUAGUGACAAUUUUAUUUAUAAUACAACAGAAGUAAUACUUUUGCAAAUGUUAUUUACAGCGGGACAGACUGCAGUGUUGUGAUAAAGCUGAAAAGUAUGAUUUAGAAUUUGGCAAAGAAUAAUAUUUCUGUGUUAAGAGUGAUUUUAAUAACCUUUCUCAACAGAGUUUCACACUGUACUAUACUAAUCAUUAUGUGCAGGUUAUUGCCUUUUGUCAUUAUUCGUCAGGCUAGCAAUAUAAGAAAAAUAAUCUUACAGCAGAGGCUUUCAACAAUUAAUAUCUGUUUUUCAUCCCAUGUUCAAAGUUGUAGACAUUUGUUUUACUAAUGCCGAGCUGUCACCCCCUGUUGCUGUAAUGGAUGUAAACUGUGGUAAAUGUGGAUUUGACCGCUGUGCAAGUGGUCAGUGCGAUUGCAAGUAACGUAGCGGUGAAAUGUCAGUAACAUACCAAAUACUUCUGUCACUAUAAUUAUAUUUCCUUUUGUCAUGACAUUAUGUUGAAUUUGAUUGUACAUGUCAGGAUGAUGAUGUUCCAAUGUGUCAAUGAACUCAAUAAACUCCAUUAACCUCG